AUGUGUGCACAGAAAAUAGAAUCAUUCGAUGUAUCUGCAAAACAACGAGAAAUAUUACAAUUUAAACACUUGAGGAAAAUUCAAUUACGUCAACAGUAUUUGAAAGAAGUUCUCAACCCAACGAUAGAUGAUGCAACUCAACGAUUAGCUCUAUUGAGAGCUCAACAUGAAUUUGUUGGGCAAACAAAAUUUUGGCCACAUAUGGUGCUUGGUAUUGCAUAUAUUGGAACCAUAUUUUUAUGUGGGAGACUUCUCAAGUACCUUAAGGUAUAUGUUGAUAACAAAUAGAUUGAAAAUGUUUGUUAAACACAUGCACUAUGAAAAUAAAUUCUUUUUAUUUUGCAGGACAAGGAAGAACAUGUCUAUCGCACUGGUCAAUUAAGUUAUCAUGAUAGAGAAUUUAAAUUUUCAUAA